CAUCACCCAGCUUGGGUCCUGUCAUCGAUCCUCGCUUGAAUCUUGACUCGGCUUCUAUUCCAGUUCCAUCCUUCGAACCCCGCCUUACUCCGGAUCCACCCCUAUACACCAUGAAUAGAAUAUUCGGCACAGGCAAAGCGAAACCUAAACCUUCCCUCACAGAUGCCAUCUCUUCCACCGACUCCCGUGUUGCUUCUCUUGAGGUCAAGCUCAAAAAACUCGAUGCCGAAUUGUCCGUUUUCAAGACCCAAAUGUCCAAGAUGCGUGAAGGUCCCGGAAAGGCGGCUGUCCAACAGAGGGCCUUGAGAGUGCUUAAACAGAAAAGGAUGUACGAAAGCCAGCUGGGACAACUUCAACAGCAAACAUAUAAUAUGGAGCAGGCGGCAAUGACCACGGAAAAUUUGAAGAACACAAUGGCUACAGUUGAUGCCAUGCGAGUGGCUAAUAAAGAGAUGAAAAAGCAAUAUAAAGGAAUUGAUAUUGAUAAGAUUGAGAGUAUCCAUUACGACAUGGAAGACCUCAUCGAGCAAGCCAACGAUAUACAAGAAUCUCUAGGGAGGAGUUAUGGUGUCCCUGAUGAAGUUGAUGAGACAGAUCUCCAGGCUGAGCUCGAUGCAUUAGGGCUUGACGACGAGCCCAUAGGAGAAAAUGAAACCCCGAGCUAUCUGCAAGAUGCUCAAUCUUUACCGGAUUUCGUCGAUUCUGCGCCUCUUGAAGAGCUACAAUCUGAACAGCCGACGGCUGAAGUGGCGAGAUAAACAUAUAUCCGGCCUUCGAGACCUGAUUAGGUCGUGUUGGUGCAAGUGUAGUAUUGAUCACAGGAUAAGGAUAGUGUGAAGUUUUUAGUUGGCAAUACUAUAGCGACGAUGAGAUGGAGGCGGUUUUAGUGAGGACAUGGUAUAAGACGAGAGACUCGUUUGAAACCUAUUAAUGCAUCUGUAAUUG